AUGGCUUCCGAGGCUAUGGAGGAUGCGCAAUCGGGCAUCAAGAGACCGGCGAUCGAGAUUGACAAUCUGAAGCGCAAGAAGUUCAAGGCCGAGGACCUUCCUCUGUCCGCGGCGCAACAUGCCGCGAUUGACAAACUCCUGCACUCGUUCAAAAAGAAGGGCGGAUUUGACAGCAUCCGAAAGCAGAUCUGGGCUAGCUUCAAUGAUGGCGAACCCAAGAAAAUGUUCGUCGAACAACUGAUUGCGUUAGCCGAGUCUGAGAUCGAACGCGAGCCGGCGCACCUUUCACGAGAAAGAAGAAAAGCCGCGACACUUAUCGAGGGCGCAGUCGACCGCGGUGACGUCUACAAAAACGUGGAGGAGUCUAUCGAUCGACUGGCAUCGCAGCACCUGGAAUCGAUCUUAGAUUCAGUGCGUGCAAUCCGUCGCCAAGAAAUUGGAGAAGAGGCAGCUGCCAACGAGGAACAAGCGGGCAGCAAAACAGACGAAGAUUAUGCGGCCUAUGUCAAAGGAAAGCGAGACGAGCGAGAUGCAGUCUACCGCGAAGAAUUGCGCAAACAAAGGGAAAUCGAGGAUGAGAAGAAGCGUAUCCGGGCCGAGGAACUACGGAAAAAGCGAGAACUUGAACGUCAAAAAGAUGACGAAGAACGAGCCCGAAGAAGAGAAAUCGACGACCAGCGAAGGGCCGAGCGCGAGCGCAUGCGCGAAGAGCAGCGGGCUCUUGACGAGCAGCGGGAAAGGGAACGAGACGAGCGAUAUGAGCGACGACGACGCGAAGAGCGAGAAAGAUACCGCGAUAGGGAUCGAGACCGGAGCCGGACGAGAGAUCGUGAUCGCUUUCGUGAUCGGUCACCGCGAAGCUGGGAUGCGAGACAAGAUAAGUUGCACACUUCCACAGACCCAACACCGGCACCGGCACCGGUACCUGCAGCGCCAAUCGAUGAAAAGGCACUGGAGGAGGCCGCUUUGCAAAUGCUUUUGAAAGAAGGCGAAGAACUCGCCGCAAAGGCACGACAGAAACCGGAGUUCGACUUUGAAGAGGCGGAAGCCAUUGAAAAUGGACUCAAGCCAGGACCCGCAUCCACUUCUCAAGCCAAGUCCUCCCAUGAGUCGAAGUCAGCCUCAACACGAGCGGCUAGCCCAUCUCGAGAUUCUCGACGCCGCGGUUCAAUAACGGAUCGACCUCGGCAUUCAGCCCGAGAGCGAAUCGUUCUCGCCGGCGGCGUGGAUCUCAUUACGACCCGGAUCAUCGCCGGGAUCGGUCUAGAGCCGCAUCUGUCAGGUCUCGGGAUCGCGAUGUGGAAGAACGUCGUGGGUACCGCGACUUCCGUGAUCGAGACCGUGAUGAACGAAGCUGGCGGCCAAGCCGUCGCAGUCGCAGCCGAUCAACUGGCCGACGUGAGCGAGAUCGACCACGCUCUCGAUCUCGCGAUCGUGAUUAUGACCGCCGGCGGCAUGAUCGCAGUCGAGACAGAAGUAGAGAAAGAGAUCAUGACCGUGAUGAUCAUCGCUCUCGCCGCAGUCGAUAUUCCCAAUCCCCGCCCCGUCGACGUUCACGGUCUCGUGGUCGAGACCGUGACCGAGAUCGCGACCAGCCACGCUCGCGCUCGAGAUCCAUAG